AUGAAAGAUACCCGGGCUGUAUGCCUGCUCUGCAGGUCUCUCGGCGCCGGCACAAAGCGACCUAUUCCUCCAACACCUCGAUGUAAUAUCACACAGCUACAGUGGAGGUCGCAUUCGGCACCGACACCGACACCGACAGCAUCAGCAUCGCAUACAGCCAGAACCACAGCUGGAGCUUCUGGUCUGCAUGAUGGAAGCAGGGGCGGCGCAGCUGCAGAGGCCUCCGCUACCAACCAGCACGCCCCACGCUUCAGGAGGUCACCUCAGUCCACUUCAACCGGCAACGGCAAUCUAGCCAUUUUCGAGAGCGUAGUGAGGGGUCAGCGUAGGCAUCAGGAUGACGAUGGUUCUGGCCGCAAGCCGGCUGAAGGCUCCGAGUCCACCCUCGACCUCAAGACAUACAAUAACGUUGCCAAGUUGAUGAGGAUGAUGGAGCGAUCCCAGCCAGGCCUCUCAGAAGCAUACGACUUUUUCAAGACCGAGAUAUAUCCAGGCAUCAAUGCCGCUAAAUACGUCCCCCGAGUUUUUGAGCCGGAGUUAAGGAGGCUUGUCCAAGGCAUCCUUACUGCCAUGAAGAAUGAUCCAACAUCAGAAAAACUUCCGUCUCUUGCCGACGUGACGCUGGUAGCUCUUCGCCUCGGCGUUUUGGAUAUCAAGACAUGGGCUCGCGCGAUGCAGGGCCGGCUGGAGUAUCUCUGCUUAACCAACGUCUCCCCAGAAGUAUCCCUGGAAGAGUAUCAAGAUGCCACGGGUCGCAUCAAGAUGUUCUUUGACGACGUCGCGCAAUCAUGGAAGCUUGUCAGCCUUCCUCACCAUGUCAUUAUGGAUCUGGACGCAAACACUCCCCUGGCUGACGUCGACUUCCGCCUGCCCGAAGGACAGCACCCAAGAGGGGAAUCGUCGCUGUACUAUUCAUUAUCUAAACUGCUCCAUGCGUAUGCGCCCCUGCAGCUGCGCCCGGUAAUACCGCUGCUGGUCGUGACGUGGGCUUUGUUUAAUGAUUCUGGCCGGUGCCUGCCUGGCAACCGGGCGGCCGCGUCACAUUUUCUUGCCUCGAUUACGGGCCUUGUUGUCCGAUCCAAGGAUUCCAACAUAAGCCCAGAAAAGCUGAUGCAAAUCCCAGGCAAGCUAAUCCCGUACGUCCGCCAUCGCUGGACUGUGAUGCACAAGCAGCUGAGAGAGUGGAACGAUCCCAAGCAAUCGUAUUUGAAACACCCAACCCUGAUCAGGAAGCUUGACGUGACCGGGUCCGGCAGGAAACACUUCCUCGAGGUGAAGAAGAGCCUCAACAAAGCCCUUUCAGGCAAGAACAGCGCCAUGCUGGAGAGGGCUUGGCUGGACUUUUUUGGUCACGAGUCACCACCUUCUCAGAAGACUAUUGACGAUCUGCAGAAAUUUCCUAGCAUAUGGAACCAGUUCAUCAUGGCCUUCAACGCACUCAGGAGGCCUCAGAGGGCCAUCGAGGUCUGGAACAUCAUGACCCAGAUCGGCCUGAAACCCACUAUCAAGACUUAUACCGCCAUGAUGGAAGGCUGCGGUCGAGCUCGUAACGCCUCAGCUUUGGAGAAUAUAUGGGAUCAGAUUGUGGAAUUGGGGGUACCCUUGGACACACACGCCUGGACCGUCCGCAUUUCCGGUCUGAUCGAGUCUGGUAAGCCAGACGCUGGGUUGUCAGCCCUGGAUGAGAUGGCAAGGAUCUGGAACAAGAAACAAGCCUUGGGCGAAUCCUCGGCUCAAGCUGUCCCGCCAUCUAUAGUGCCAGUCAAUGCUGCACUCUUUGGAAUUUUACGCAUCAACGGAGUACCGGCGGCAAUGAAGAUCCUGCAUUGGGCUGAAAGGCACAAUAUUGAGCCUGAUGUCAUCACAUACAAUACCUUAUUGCAGACCAUGAUCCGGAGGGCGCCGGAGCAGGUCGACGCUGUGCUUGAGAUGAUGAAUGAUCAGGGUGUGGAGCCGGAUGAGGGCACUCAAACGAUUCUUAUCGAGGGAAUGGGUCCCUUUUUGAGGAAUGCUGGCCCAGAGGAGAAGCUCGAGGCGGUGAAGCGCAUCAUUGCCAUGGUCACUGGCAACGACCCCAAGAAAAUUAACCCCUCGGCCUAUGCAAAGCUCAUGUUCGAGCUUCUGAAGGAGAAUGAGAGCCAAGCUGGCAUUGACGUUGCUGUCAACCACAUCAUGCAGGAGCUGUGGAAGCGCAGGCUCGAGCCGACGACACACAUGUACACCAUUCUCGUGGAGCACUACCUCCACCGCAGCCCGCCGGCUCUGGAGGCGGCGCGCAAGCUUAUUGAAGCCCACGACUUGUUCAACAAGCCACACAUCGACCAUGUAUUUUGGGAGCGCGCCAUCAGCGGAUUCAUGGGUGCUGGGGACAUUGAGAGUGCUUUCGACUUGUUUGAACGCUCCAAGAACGGCAACAUGACCAUGCGGCUGUACGAGCACCUGUUGCGCGCCCUUGUCGCCAAUGGCAAGGCUCAGGAAGCUGCACGACUGGUAAAGGCCGUCGACGAGAUGAAGUCGUCGACUGAUGAAGAAACAGAGUCACGCUUUCGACUUCACCCUUUCUGGGAUGUCGCCAGACAGUAUGGGCUAUCUGGAUGA